AUGACAUCGGCAGCGAAACAGCGAGUUCAGGCGCUCAGCGAGCAGCUGAACAAUCCACCCCGAAGCCCUGGGCAGUUCGAAGACAUACCAAAAAUCCCCACCAUAGCAGGCGACUCCAAAGGACCGUAAGUCUACCCGCUGACACCCUUUCUGAGGACUUAGGGCUUUUGGCGACUGUCACAUGUCUAAGACUGCAUUAUAUCAUCCCAAGCUCAUAAACCCUACUCGGCCCCAUUAAUCACAUAUAAGAGCUAACAUCCGUCCAGUCGAACGAAAGACAAAGUCAUCAUAAUAACAGGCUGCAAUUCCCCUCUCGGAAUCGGAAGAGCCUCAGCCCAUCAUUUCGCCAACAACGAAGCAAAAGCAAUCUUCAUCUGUGAUCUCAACCCGGAGCAUUUAGAAACCCACAAACGAGAGAUCAACUCCCUUUACCCAGGAGUAGAAAUCCUUCCACGAGAAGUGGACGCCGCCGAUGAAGACCAAGUGAAAGGCGUGGUAGACGAAGCCUUGGAGAAGUACGGAAAACUGGACGUUUUCUUCGCGAAUGCCGGAAUUUCGAUCAACCCGAAGAGUGUACUGGAAAGCACCGUGGAGGAUUUCAAGAGUACGAUGGAGAUCAACGCUAUGAGGUAAUGUCUUCCACUGCGAUGCAUCGCACACAUAUGAAGAAUGUAGACUUACUUAACCCACACGUACAGCGUCUUCCUCGCCGUCAAGCACGGCGCCCGCGGCAUGCUCGCCACCAACAAAUCGAAACCCUACCCGGGCGGCAGCAUCAUCAGCGUCGCCUCCUCCGCAGGCCUGCGCUCCAACGCAGGCCCCACGGAUUACUCCGCCAGCAAAGCAGCCGUCAUCAGCAUCAUGCAGACUUCCUGCUACCAGCUCACCGGGACCGGAAUCCGCUGCAACGCCCUCUGCCCGGGCAUCAUCGAAACCGGCAUGACGAGCAUUAUGUACGAAAGGGCGCGCGCACGGGGAACAGAGAGGAAGAUUGGACAGUUGAAUCCGCUCAUGAGGGGCGGGAUAGCGGAUGAAGUCGCCCGCGUGGCGUUGUUCUUGGGCAGUGACGAGAGUAGCUAUAUUAACGGACAAGCAAUUCCCGUCUGUGGAGGCUUGACCGCGGGACAUCCGUUUGUACCGGGAAAGCUUGCGUAG